GCAGCCCAAUUUACAAGCCUGCAAAGUCAAUGCAGGCUUUUACAUUGUAGCUUUAACUGCCCCCCCCCCCUCCUUCAAAGUAACACGUGUGAUUAUUCUCAGGUCACGUUCAAACAGAAGCUGGUGCUGUCCCAAAGGCACGAGCCUCGCCAGAAAAACAGCCAACCUGCCCCCUCCCCAGGCCCCAUUCUUCCUGGCGUGCUGCCCAGGAGUGCAGGAGAUCUGGGCCAGGUCCUUAUCAGGCCAGAGGGGGAGAAGGCUUUCAGGGGCCGGCGCUUCCUCCGCCACCAGACAGCACGCGCCGGGAACGAGCUGUCUGUGGAAAGAGCGCGUCAACAGGGCCUCAGGAGGAAGCGUUGCGGUCAUCACCCAGGGCAGACUCUUGGAACAAACACACCGUGCAGGAAUGUGGCCUAGUUGGGGACCUGGGCGAAGGGUUGGGGAGAGGUAAUCUCCAGCAAGGCUGAAGGGUGCGGCAUUCCCUCCCAGAAGCCUAAGCUGGAAAAAGGUCUUGGCUGUAGGCGCACAUUAAGCUGGAUUGAAUGCACAGCAGUUCAACUGUCCUUUCCCAAGGCAGAAUUGCAGUUCCUUAAGCUGGAGGUGUGCAGUAUAAUGUCUGCUUUAGUUGAGAUCCCUGCAUUGCAGGGGGUUGGACUAGAUGACCCUUGGGGUCUCUUUCAGCUCUACAAUUCUGUGAUUCUAGGAUGCCUUUUCUUCAUGCUCAUGCUGGGGACCCUGACCACUAAGCAAGCCCACCGUCAUUCCUGAGCAGCAACUUGUGCUUUGAGUCCACCACUGACACCAGGAAAAUUCUGCGGGAGCUUCCAGGGUACGUGGUCCAUUUGAACCAUGGGAAGCUUUCUGGCGCUCCAGAAUUGAAAAAUACGGAGCUUUUUGUCUCCUACCAGGUGGUUCAGAGAGCAUGCUGAACCUGUAUGUGUCCUGGCUACCCACUUGAAUGGCUUUGGAAGAGGAUGGAGUAGAUUCAUGGAGAGUGUCACAGCACUGUCAGGCAAGGAAUGUCCAGAAUGAGGAGUUAACUCUUUAUUGUCAAAAGUACACUUACAAGUUGGGGAAAGGCAUGUCCACCCAUGCUACCUCCCUCAACUACGCCCGGUUUGCACCCAAUGUGGCAGUUGCUGCAACAGAGAGCCCUCGCCCCCAGUUUAUGUACAGUGAGGGGGGAAAGUAUUUGAUCCCCUGCUAAAUUUGCCCGUUUGCCCUCUGACGAAGAAAUGACCAGUCCAUAAUUUCAACGGUAGGUUUAUUGUAGCUGUGAAAGACAGAAUAACAACAGGAAAAGAAACCCAGAAACCCAGAAUACAAAAGUCAGAGAUUGAUGUGCAUUAUAAUGAGUGAAAUAAGUAUUUGAUCCCCUAUCAACCAGCCAGAUGUCAGGCUACCUGGUAUCUUCACUGUAUGUAAUGAGCUGAGAUUAGAAGCACCUGCUGUAAGGGAGAGGUCUUACCUGUACUCCCAGCUCGUUACAGUACCUGUACAAAAGACACCUGUCAACAGGCGCAAUCAAUCCAGCAAUCUUUUCCCCCUCACUGUAUAUUCCCUACCCGAGUUUUACACUGGCAGGUGCAGACUAUGCCUGCGUGUAGCCCGCUUCUGCUGCUCCCACUUCAAUCCUCUUCUAGUCUUGGGACCCAGAGGGCAGUGAUGCAGCAGUUGGCCUCAUCUGAGGACAGGCAGCCCUCGUGCAAUCACACCCACGGCAGAGAUAUGGCACAACCUAACCCGAUGGCAACCGACUAGAAGGAGGCAAGAGUGGCAUGGCGAAUUGGGCAGAGAGGCAGCAGAUGGGCUGCUCUGUGGCUGGGUCCUUUGAGCCUAGAGGACUGUGAAUCGUGCUGCUUUCUUCCAAUGCUAGUGCGUACUGCCCUGCCUUUUUGGAGUCGAUCCUCCUUUGGGGGCACAUCUGCACUAAAAACCCAACAGAGGUGAACUGUCACGGGUUUCCCGUUGCAAGGAACUUCGGGAAUUCCGAAUCGUUCCAGGGGUGAACCGCCUCUUCUUCAAGCUACCGUCCACCAAGGAUGCUGUAGAGAGGAAGCAGGCACAUUGAGCUGAAAAUUCAUUUUAGGUAACCAGCAGAGGCUAGGCUUGGCUAAAAGUCUAAGGCUCUGGAUUCAGCAGCAUCCAUCUCUGGCCCAGGCCAACCCUUCUUGCUCUCCACCUUACACCAGAGUUGUCCUUGGCUGCCAGUGGUUGUUUCUCCAGCUCGCUGUGCAAAACAUCCUCUUUGCCGCUGACCCUGGGCUUGGCCGCCCGCCACAGAGGAUGUUGGCACAGUGAGGGAGCGUCAAGUUGGUGCCGCCACCGUCCAGAGGGGAAAACAGGCUGUCCUCGUGCAGCAGCACUUCCUGUUUACAGGCCCCCAUAAGCCUAUGCUUAACCCUCUGCUGCCUGAAGACCAGCAGCCUUGGCUGCUGAAGCGGGCAAAACGUUCCCAGCUGGCAAGAGUUCUGCCCUUGGCACAAGGCAGAAGUGACCCAAAAUUCCAAGGGUGCACAAUGAAGGUGCCAGUUGCGGUCAUCCGCCUGCCCCAUGGACCCGACGGGUCAAGCCGCGGCUUCGAUCCCAACUCUCCCCGUUUCCAGGCCCUUGGUCCUGCCAGCCUCUCCUCUGGGAGCACAGCAGACCUGGAGCAGGAGCAGCAAAGUCGUGUGAUGCUUCGAGAACGCUACCUGCGCAGCCUCCUGGCCAUGGCUGGACAGCCCGUCAGAUUCACCAUGUACGAGAGGGUCAAGGUCACAGCUUUGUUUGGAACAUCCGACAUUGACAUCCUGAACUUCCAGGUCUCCGAGCUACAGACUCCACUAGGGAUACAGAGAGAAGCGCUGCUCCGAUGUUCAGACAUCAUCGCGUACUCCUUUGAGCUUUGACAGCUCUGCCUUUUUACUAUUAAAGCACCUUUUAUAAGUAUGUGUUCAGUCCUUUGUGAGUUGCAGAGAGCAGGCUCGGGUCAUUCAUAGCAGACAUGUCCAGUGGGCUAUGACAAAUUAAGAAAUGAGUUUGAACUGCAGAGGCGGCUGCCUGCCACAUCUCUGCACGAUUCACUGUUCUGCACGCACUGCCUCCCACUCAGAUUCUGGGUCUCUGUUGCAAGUAGGAGCUGUAGCAAAAUGUCACAGUAUGAAGUGUUGCACCCCACUGCUUUCCUGUUUGUUUUCCCAAUAUUGCCAACAUUACAAGCUCCCAUUUUUGCUGUUUUGCUGCUAAUCCCUCCUCCUUGUGGGCAGCCCCAUUUUAACUACACCACACUAGCAAUGACACAGCAUCAACACUGUAGAGCAAGUUAUUCUCUCAUUCAAUAAAGCAUUGCAAUACAGCAAAUGCAGAUUCAGCAGCUGCUUCUAAACGAAUGGCAGGACUUAAAACCCUGCCUCCCUCCCUGGAGGGAUGGCAGUUGGUUGCAGAUGCUUGGUGCUGGGUCUCCCAUGUUCUUUGGCAUUUAUCUGAAACUAGCAGUGCAGUGAGCUGCUUCAGCUCAGAUGAAAGUGAAUUAAUUUAACAUGCAUUGCAGCUCAGUUCGGGCUCGCACUCAGGGCUGACUUUUUUAUGCUUAUCCUUUUGAGUUUUAUCAUAAACCAUCAUGAAAUAUCCAGUUAGCCUACUGAGGACUCCCAAGUCUCCUGGUCCCAGCCACGGUGCUUUGAUUCACACUGAGUUGCACACACUGAGAACAGGAUGCUGCACUGGAUAGGCUUUUUAUUUGAUCCAGCAAGGCUGUUAUCCAGAGAAAUGACACCCUGGGUCAUUUGUGCCUGCCCUUGGACUUAUGUGACUAUAUUUCACUCUAGCACCCUGACAUUGGCUCCCAGUACGUUUCUGAACACAAUUCAAAGUGUUGGUGCUGACCUUUAAAGCGCUAAAAGGCCUCGGCCCAGUAUACCUGAAGGAGCGUCUCCACCCCCAUUGUUCUGCCUGGACACUGAGAUCCAGCGCCGAGGGCCUUCUGGCAGUUCCCUCACUGCAAGGAGCAAAGCUACAGGGAACCAGGCAGAGGGCCGUCUCGGUAGUGGCACCCGCCCUGUGGAAUGCCCUCCCAUCAGAUGUCAAAGAGAUAAACAACUACCGUACCUGACAUUUAGAAAACAUCUGAAGGCAGCCCUAUUUAGGGAAGUUUUUAAUGUGUGACAUUUUAUUGUAUUUUAAUCUUUGUUGGA